AUGAAACUCUCCAAAACGGUUGUCGCUCAACAACUAUACACCCAAAGUAAAGAAGCAGGAAAAAAGAAGACACCUCCCUCCUCUCUCUUAGAUAUCGCUGAAAAAAUACAUACCGAAGCAGGAGUGAAGAAACUGUCAGUCUUAAGCACAACCUCUACCACAAUUACCAAUAACGAUAACAAUAAUGAAAAUAUUGAAGACCAUUCAUCACCUGACAAUAUCAAGCAAUCAAAAGAAAACGACGAAUCGUCAAAAAAAUAUGAUUUGAGAUCAAAACUAAAGCCAGAGAAAAAGAAACGGCCAAACUUUUUCCUUUCAAUUCGUCUUGACUCACCAGAGUUACAAGAAAGUUUUCGAGCAUUUGUGCGACAUGUCAACGAAAAAGAUCCGGAUUUCGCGAAAUUGACGAUAAAUCCUCCACAGGUUCAUGUUACUUUGUUUGUUAUGCAUUUGGGUGAUAAGGAAGAGAUCGAAAAAGCACGACAAUGUUUGCUGCAGAAUAAAGAACUAUUAGAUACAUUUUUUCCCGAAGGAGGACCUUUAUUGCAUUUUCUCGGGAUAGACACCUUUGAAAAUGGCCGAGUAGUAUUCACCACUCCAAAACAAACUCCCGGCUUGACUGAAUUUUGUAAACUAUCGCGUGCACUAUUUGAUAGAUUUCACGCGGCUGGGCUUUUGCCCGACCAAAGUGGAAAAGAUUUCGAAGCAGAGUUCAAACCUCACGCUACGCUAAUGAAGGUUUCCGGAAAAAGAUUAUUUAUUUCAAGAAAGAAAUUGCUAAAUAAAGAAGCGGCGGAAGAUGAAGAUGAAAUAGAUUUUGGCUCGGGAUUCGAUUUAUUAUUUAACGAUGAACAAGAAGAGACGGGUCAUUUGUCUGUUGAUAAUGAAGAGGAAUUAGAUAAUAAUAACGGAGAAAAGGAAGAAGAGACAAAAGAGCCAACAACCAAUAUGGAAGAAUUGACCGGUGAUCAUAAAAUCAGCAAUACAUCUUUAUUAACUGAGAAGGACAAAGAAGAAGCUCCAAUAAAAGGAUCGUCUGCGGAUUCAGUCGUCAUGAUGGAUGAGAAUCAAGACACGGUGACGACAACAAAAGAACCCGCAGAAAAUAACUAUGAAGAAUUUGCAUAUAUUUCAUCGACAUCUGAUUUGAAACAAGAUUUGAAGAUCCCGAAAAGGGAGCUCAAGAAAAUGAAAAAAGCCGAAAAACUUGAGCGAGUACUUAAGGCAACAACAUUAGCAAAAUCCACAAAAAAAGGAAAAAAUAAGAAACGAAAAAGAGUUAGACGAGUUCCUCCUGAACUGUAUAAAGCAUUCACAGAUUUCGAUUUCGGCACUCACAUUAUAAAAGGUGUAGAUCUAUGCUCGAUGCUGCAACCGAAAGCGGAAGACGGAUAUUAUGCUGGUGUUGAACGCAUUGAAUUUCGAGAGCAAACAGCUAAAGAAGCGUCAAUGUCGCCAUUACCAUAA